AUGACAGGGAUCGUGACCAUUGGCAAAGAAGCCCUGCAUAGCUCUUCCUGCUAUAGCACAUCUAUCAGCGACCUAAAGUACGCCGACGAACGACGAGCGGAUCCACCGCCCUCUUCGAUCGAUGACGUGCUGACAUUCAUCCUGAUGUGUAUCGUCAUCUCAGGAGGGGAUUUCAAAACAGACUGCGACCUCUGGUGGAGCAAAGCCGUCAGAUUGGCGCAGGCUCUGGGAUUGAAUCGAGUGGACGCUAGUGAAGAGGCUCAGGAAGAACGACGCCGUGUGUUUUGGCUCCUAUUUUGUCUGGAUCGACACCUGGCGCUGGCUUUCAACGGCACACCCAACAUUUCUGAUGACGAGUGCGAUGUGUACGUUCCAUUGCCCGACGACGUAUGGGAGAAUUUCGAAACUGUCCCCAGCGAGCUGAUCACCAAACGAUCCCAUGGACCACCUGUGUUGGUGACGGGAACGAGCUUUUUCGAAUACUUCUUACCUCUGAUGGCCAUCAUGGGAGACGUGAUCCAUAUCCACCACCGGCGGUAUCAUCCUCGUUUCGGGACUCUGGACGAUCAGAAUUCCAUCUCCAUGGUGGAAAAGCUGUUUGCCAGUUGCGCCCAGAGCAUCAGUGACCUCGAGAGUCGAUAUGACACAGAAGAGCUGAACGGUGCCAUUCCUGCCAGCGAGUUCCUCACGCCGAAUUCAGGAUUCCAAGAAAGCCCUCUAAAUCACGCAGUGGGCACUCCGGCUGGACGACGUCCCAAAAGCCGUGCAUUGGCGCAACUGGUCACGUCUUAUAGCACUUUCAUCUUACAUGUACUCCACGUCCUAUUGUACGGCAAAUGGGACGCCGUGUCCAUGCUGGAGAACGAUGACGGAUGGAUCACAUCUGUGCCGUUUAUGAAAUGUGCCUCGCAUGCCAUUGCGGCUUCCGAAGCUGUCUCUCAGAUCCUCAAAUGCGACCCUGAGCUCACCUUCAUGCCCUACUUGUUUGGCAUCUAUCUCCUCCAUGGAAGCUUCAUCUUGUUGCUGUUUGCCGACAGGAUGCCCCAGAUCGGGGCAAACGAGUCUGUGGAAAAGGCAUGUGAGACGAUAAUCAGGGCUCACGAAGUCUGUGUAGUGACGUUGAGCACUGAGUUCCAGAAGAGAUUCCGCAAAGUCCUACGGUCCACGCUGUACAGUGUCCGAAGUGCCAGGACUACCAAUGCGGAGGAGAGCCGUGUCCGGCGGAGGGUGCUGUCGCUGUAUCGAUGGACCAAAGGAUCGAGAGGAUUGGGGCUGUGA